CCGCCGCAGCGUGUUCGGAAUUUUUCGAGCAAACGACCGCUCCUCCGCCUCCCCACCGCGUGUCCGGACUACGUGACGCGCGCGCCGCUACGUAGCUAGGCAGCGCAGGAGGGGCCCGGGAUCGCAAAUGUCGGCGUCGGGGGGAUUGUCGCUGGUCCGCCGCGCCGCCGAGGCCGUGCGCCGCACGCCGCGCUGGCAGAAGAGGCUCGUUGUCCUCACCGUCGGUGUUGGUUCCUUGACUUAUGCCUGUCAGGAUAAUCAAGUACUUCAAAUAAAUGAUGGAACUGGCAAGAAAAAGGUCGUUAUCGUUGGAACUGGUUGGGCGGGCGCAACUUUCUUGAGAAAUAUUGACACUUCCUUGUAUGAUGUUCACGUCGUAUCACCUCGGAACUACUUUACCUUCACACCUUUGUUGCCUAGUGUGACAUGUGGCACAGUUGAAGCACGCAGUAUCGUAGAGCCUAUUCGCAAUAUUGUGAGAAAGAGAGGUGGAGCAUUUAGAUUUUGGGAAGCAGAGUGCUAUAAGAUUGAUCCAACUAACAAAAAGAUCCACUGCAGAUCAGACAAUGGGACCAACGUUGAUGGAAGUGGUGAAUUUGUUGUGGAUUAUGAUUACCUGGUCGUCGCUGUUGGCGCUAGACCUAAUACAUUCAAUACUCCUGGCGUUGUUGAAAACUGCCAUUUUCUAAAGGAAGUAGAAGAUGCUCAAAAAAUUAGGAAGAGCGUCCUGAAAUGUUUUGAAAGAGCGUCCCUUCCAAACCUAACCGAGGAAGAGAGGAAGAAGAAUCUUCAUUUUGUUGUUAUUGGUGGUGGCCCAACAGGUGUAGAAUUUGCUGCAGAGCUUCAUGACUUUGUCAAUGAGGACUUGGCAAAGUUGUAUCCUGAUGUGAAGAAGUAUGUGAAUAUUUCUGUAAUUGAAGCUGGAGAUCAUAUCCUUACAAUGUUUGACAAGAGAAUCACCCAAUUUGCUGAAGAUAAGUUCAAGAGGACAGGUAUAGAUUUGAAGACGAACUUUAAGGUUGUGAAGGUGUCUGAUAAAGCUAUCACUAUGACUAAUUCUGCAACUGGAGAGAUUGCUGUGCCUUAUGGCAUGGCUGUUUGGUCUACUGGUAUUGGAACCCGUCCUAUCAUCAUGGAUUUCAUGAAGCAAGUUGGUCAGGCAAACCGGCGUGUGUUAGCUACUGAUGAGUGGCUUAGAGUCCACGGAUGUGAUGAUGUAUAUGCUGUCGGUGAUUGUGCAACAAUUACUCAAAGAAAAGUUAUGGAAGAUGUUGCUGCUAUUUUCCGGGUAGCAGACAAGGACAAUUCUGGUACUUUGACUAUAAAGAAAAUAAAAAAUGUUCUUGGCGACAUCUAUGUGAGGUACCCACAGGUUGAGUUAUACCUUAAAACCAACCAAAUGAAGGACUUCCAUGAUCUUCUCAAAGGUUCAGACGGGAACCCUAUUAAGGAGUCAAAAGAGCUGGACAUAGAGGAAUUCAAGAAAGCCCUUGCUCGAGUGGACUCGCAAGUUAAAAUGCUCCCAGCAACAGCUCAGGUUGCUUCGCAAGAGGGAACCUAUCUGGCAAACUGCUUCAACAGGAUGAAAUACUGUGAAGAGAACCCUGAAGGUCCGUUGAGAAUCAGAGGCACAGGGCGUCAUCGGUUCAAACCUUUCAGGUACAGGCAUCUUGGCCAGUUUGCCCCAUUGGGUGGGGAGCAAACAGCCGCUCAAUUGCCAGGUGAUUGGAUACAUGUUGGUCACAGCACCCAAUGGCUAUGGUAUUCUGUCUAUGCCAGCAAGCAAUUCAGCUGGCGCACGAGGAUGCUGGUAGUGUCCGAUUGGGCCAGGAGCUUCAUCCAUGGAAGGGACUCCAGCAGCUUAUAAAUUGCACUAUAGAUGGCGCUGUUCACCGCCUGGCGCCUGCGUUUUGCCAACUGAAGCUCUAUUAGACAUGAUUAUACUAUUUUUACAUACAAACAUCAUUCUUUUUUUAGAGAGAGAAUCAUUCUGUUUUUUUGGGCUAUUUUCAAAAGCUCAGUUUUCUCCUUAGCCUAGCAAGGUUUUGUUACCAAAUUUUGACCUUGCCAAUAUUUCUAUGACGCGGUUGAUUCAUACAUUAUUUCCAAUCUUAAUACAGUUAGUUAUCCCAGUACUUUAAAUGUUGAUGUUAAGCUUUGAAUGAACGU